CUUCCCGCCACUGCUGGCAGCAUCUAGAAGCAGAGGGAGAGGGUGCGCCGAGUCAUUGCUGCCGCGGCUCAGCGACAGGUACCUACCCCACUAUGGGCUCGCAGGCCCCACCCCCAGAGCCCAUGCAGACCCUCAUCUUCUUGGACCUGGAGGCCACUGGCCUGCCCUUCUCCCAGCCCAAGGUCACGGAACUGUGCCUGCUGGCCGUCCACAGAUGUGCCCUGGAGAGCCCCCCCACUUCUCAGGGGCCACCGUCCACAGUGCCCCCACCACCCCGUGUGGUGGACAAGCUCUCCCUGUGUGUGGCUCCGGGGAAGGCCUGUAGCCCUGCAGCCAGUGGGAUCACAGGGCUGAGCACAGCUGUGCUGACGGCACAUGGGCGUCAACGCUUCGAUGACAACUUGGUCAACCUGCUCCUAGCCUUCCUGCAGCGCCAGCCACAGCCCUGGUGCCUUGUGGCACACAACGGUGACCGCUACGACUUCCCCCUGCUUCAAGGGGAGCUGGCUAUGCUGGGGCUUGCCAAUGCUCUGGAUGGUGCCUUCUGCGUAGAUAGCAUCGCUGCCCUGAAGGCCCUGGAACAAGCUAGUAGCCCCUCGGAGCAUGGCCCAAGGAAGAGCUACAGCCUAGGCAGCAUCUACACACGCCUGUACGGGCAGGCCCCACCAGACUCACACACAGCCGAAGGUGACGUCUUAGCCCUGCUCAGCAUCUGUCAGUGGAGGUCACAGGCCCUGCUGCGGUGGGUGGAUGCUCACGCCAGGCCCUUCAGCACCAUCAAGCCCAUGUACGGGGUCACAGCCUGUGCCAGGACCAACCCAAGGUCAUCUGCUGUCACAGCCACUGCACCCCUGGCCACAGACAGGAACAAAAGUCUCAGCCUUGGUGGGAGCAGGAGACCUAAGGCUCUUUCUCUAAUGAAAGGCUCUGGAGCCCCACCCAAGGAGGGCCUUCUGGCCCCACUGGGUCUGCUGGCUUUCCUGACCUUGGCGAUAGCCACGCUGUAUGGACUGUCCCUGGCCACACCUGGGCAGUAGGCCAAGAAUGACAAUCUAAUAAAG